AUGAAUGCUUCAUCGAAAUGCCCUGAUAACAACAAAGAAUAUCAUUUAUCUUCUACUAUUAUGCACAAUAGAAUUCAAUCAAUAUUGAGAUCAACAAAAAAACUAGGUGUUCACACUCCAUGCCAUAUAAUUUCUGCCGGAUUUGAAUAUACAGGUGAUGGGGAUACAACGCGUUGUAAAGACUGUGGACUUGAGGUAUCUAAGUGGACAUUAGAUAUGAAUCCAUUUGUUAUUCAUUCAAAACGUCGACCGGAUUGCCCAUUCGUUUGCAAUAUUAUACCAUCUUCAUUCAAAAAUGUACCUGCUUCUUCCGCUUCACCAGCAACUACUACUGUUCGAAACACGUUGAUAUUAAAUGAACAAGAAAAUCCUUCUAAACGCCAAAAGAUUGAAACAAUGCAUUUAGAAUCUCUGUCACAUACUUUGCUCGAAACAAUUUUACUUCAACAAGUACGAAGACGCACUUUUUCUCAUUGGCCACAUCGUACUAUUCCAUCAAGUGCACAAAUGAUUGAAGCUGGAUUUUUUAAUUGCAAUGUUGGUGAUCGAGUAAUAUGCAUUUAUUGUAAUCUUAUUUGUCAACAAUGGACACCUCAUACAGAUGAUCCAUGUGAAGUACAUAAAACACUUUCACCUAAUUGUAUAUAUGUCAAAGCAAAAUUGAUGCGUCCUGCUGCUUCAUCUAUAAUUAUUGUCAAUGAAGGUUCAACAAGUGCAAUUUCUGGCAAUCAUUCACCAACAUCUAAUAAUCUCGGUCCAUUAAGAUCUAAUGAUAUUGUAUUUACAGCUUCAUGUAAUCCAGCUUAUUCAGAAAUACCAAAACGUCAUGCAUCUUUUGCAACAUGGCCAAAUGAAGAUUUACCACCAGUAGAUGAUUUAGUUCGUGCAGGAUUUUUUUAUACAGGUACAAAAACUAUUGUUACUUGUUUUUAUUGCAAUGGAUCACUACAAAAUUGGGGUUCAAAUGAUAAUCCAAUGAUUGAGCAUGCACGUUGGUUUCCACAUUGUGCAUAUGCUCGACAAUUAUGUGGUGAUGAUUUAUAUCGUAAAAUUCAAGAAUCAAAACGAGCACAACAAGAACGUGCUAGAGCAAAUGAAUCAAAAGAAAGAACUGGUUCUGGUGAAGCAGUCAAUACUAAUUCAACACCAAACAAUCGAUUAUUAGUAAUACCUGAUGAAAGUACUUUAUCGAGACUUGUUGCUGCUAGAUUAGAUUUACCAAUAUCACAACGUUUAUUAGAUCAAAAUUUUAAAUUAUCUAUUAUUAAACGAUGUUGGGAAGAUCAAUUAAGAAUAAAACACGAUGAUUUUGUAUCUGAGUGUGACCUGUACAUAGCUUGUUUAAUUCUGCAAAAGCAGAUUGAACAUAUUGAUGGUAAAAAAGAAAACAUUGUCAUACCAAGUAUAAAAAUGAAACAAAUCAGAGAACAAAAUGCACGAAUACAAGAACAACCAACAGCUACAUUUAAUACACCUCAAUCAGUACCAAAUUCUGCAGAUGUUGAAAUGACUACAUCAUCUCAAUCAUUAACAAAUGAAUCGACAUCUUCUCAAUCGUCAAUUGAUUCAACAUCAAAAUUAACAUCCAGUGGUAAUGAACGUGAAACAAAAACAACUAAACAAACAAGUGCUGUCAAUGAUCGAAAUCAAUCAACUAAUGCAGCACCAUCUGCUUAUGAAUAUUGGAUACAUGGACCAUCAUUGACAGAUGUUGUGGAUAAAUUAACCGUACAUUCUGAUUGGCGUCCUACAUUGAAUGAAACAUGGCGAAUACUUGUUCAUGCUUUUCGAAAACAAUUUACACAACCAGAAAAAAUUCAACGAAUUGAUGCAUUCAGUGAUCGAUUAAAUAUACGAAAUAAAUUUUGUUUGAAUAACAAAGCUGACUGUACGGUGGGUCUUUUUGAAAAUUAUGAACUAGGACGACUUGAACAACCAAAAGAAGUAUUUGUUGGUAGAUGGAUUUGUGAUGGAGCACGUCAUUUAGUGGAGAAAUAUGAUGUUCGAAAACGUUAUUUUAUUGGUAACACAACAAUGGAUGCUACACUUUCGUUUGUUAUGGCAAAUAUGGCUCAAUGUCAAUCGAAUCAUAUUGCAAUGGAUCCAUUCUGUGGCACAGGUGGAAUUCUUCUCGCUUGCGCCGAAUUUGGUAGUUAUGUUAUUGGUAGUGAGUUUGAUUGGCGUGUUUUAACAGCAAAAGCAAAACCAACAAAAGCUAAUACGAAACAACUUACUCGUAAUCCUGAUGAAAUGAUGCAUCGAAAUUUUUCUGAUUAUGGUACAUUAAAUCGUUUUUUGGGUGUAGUUGGAUCUGAUUUUGCAUAUCCACCGUGGCGUCCAACAUUUUUCUUUGAUUCUAUUGUUUGUGAUCCACCUUAUGGUAUUCGUGAAUCAUCUCAACAUAAAAGUCGUCGUCUGAAUGAUAAAACAGAUGAUGAUAAAAAUCCUGUGUCAGAAAAAUAUGAUUUAACAAAUAUUUAUGUUGAUCUAUUAAAUUUUGCUAAUGUUUAUUUACGUAUUGGUGGUCGUUUGGUUUUCUGGUUACCGACACAUAUAGUAACAUAUGAUGAAAAUUUAUUACCAACACAUGCAUGUUUUAAAUUAUUUUCUAAUGAUGAACAACAACUUAAUCGAACUGUUAGUCGAAGAUUAUUAACAUUAGUUAAAAUACGUGAAAGUAACAAUAAUGAAAAAGCUCAAGUGAAUGAAAAAUUAUUCAGUAAUUUUCGUGAUCUUUAUUUUACACCGAACACAAAAAUAUGGGAACAAUUAAAUAGUAAUAAUACUAUAAGUGAUUCUUCAGAUGUGUCGAAAGAAAAAGAUCAUGAUAAAUGA